CAUUUGACAGGCAAUCGAAACAUAUCGAUACAUCGGGUGAUGCCAUCGUGCAUGGUUGGCCCAGCUCUAGUAUUGAUUGUUAAACAAAAAGGAAUUUUGCACUAACUUCUGGGCCGCAGUUACUGCAAAUUCGCGCCAGGAUGGACAUGAUAAACAAAUUCUACUCCUCCGCCGUGCAAACGGUGUCCACACUGUCCGGCGUUCUGCCCGGAAACAAUGUGACGCGGGAGUACGAGGUGCUGGAACAGGUGUGCACAGCCGGAGUGGGUCUUAUGUGGAAGGUGUACAAUGGCCACAAGAAGAGCACCAAACAGGAGGUGUCCGUCUUCGUGUUUGAGAAAAAGUCACUGGAGCGCUGGUCGAAGGAUGACAGGGAGAACAUGCUGGAAACACUACGUCGCGGCGUUCAACAGCUAACCAAGAUUCGGCAUCCUCACGUGCUAACCGUACAGCAUCCGCUGGAGGAGAGUCGGGACUCCCUUGCCUUCGCCACGGAGCCGGUUUUUGCCUCCCUGGCCAACGUUGUCGGCGACAACGUCCGCUCAGAAAAGAAACUCUAUGAUGUAGAGAUUCGACACGGUCUACUGCAGCUCUUCGAUGGCCUGCAGUUCCUUCACCAAGACGCCAAGAUUGUGCACCGCAACAUUAGCGCCGAGACAAUCGUAAUCAACAAGAACCGUAGCUGGAAGCUGUUCGGGUUUGAUUUCUGCAUUACCAACCAGCCGGCCACCGAUGGCACGCCCCACUGGCCCUUUCGGGAGUACACAACGUCGCUGCACGUCCUAGCACAGCCCAGUUUGGAGUACACAGCACCGGAGCUGGCCCUGAACAGUGUCAACACACCAGACAGUGAUCUGUUCUCACUGGGCGUACUAAUCUUCACCAUCUAUGCCGGCAAGCCACUAAAAAUGUUUGGCAGUGACUACAGCAGCUUUCGACGCUACGCAAAUGAUCUGAACCAGCGAAAGUAUCCACCCAUGAACGCAGUGCCCAGUGAGCUGACUGAAAGCCUUAAAGCUCUGCUACAUCCCAGUGCCCACCUGCGGCCGAAGCUGCAUGAGCUUAAGCAGAUCGCUUACUUUCAAGAUGUCGGUGUUAAAACACUUAGCUACUUGGACUCACUAUACCAGUGGGACAACCUGCAGAAGUCCAAGUUUUAUAAAGGUCUGCCGCAGAUCAUUCCGACGCUCCCGCACCGCGUCAAUUUGCAUUCGAUUCUUCCCUAUCUCGUCAAAGAGUUCGUCAACUCGCCUAUGAUACCGUUUGUGCUGCCCAACGUUCUGCUUAUUGCUGAGAUGAGCAGCCAACGAGAGUACUGCGACCACAUCCUUCCGCACUUAAAGCCGAUCUUUAAGCUUACGGAUCCCAUCCAGAUUUUGCUGAUCUUUAUGCAGAAAAUGGAUCUGCUGCUCAAGCUAACGCCAGCGGAAGAGGUAAAGCAGAGUGUUCUGCCGCUACUUUAUCGCUCUCUGGAAUGCGACAUGCCUCAGAUCCAGGACCUCUGUCUGGCGGUGCUCCCCACGUUCUCCACUCUGAUCGACUACAACGCAAUGAAGAACUCCGUGCUGCCACGCAUCAAGAAACUGUGCUUGCAGAGCAGCAAUGUGUCGGUAAAGGUUAACUGCCUCAUUUCAAUUGGCAAGCUGUUGGAAAACUUGGACAAGUGGCUUGUGCUAGACGAGAUUUUGCCAUUCUUGCAGCAGAUCCAAAGCCGCGAACCCGCUAUCAUUAUGGGAAUUAUUGGCAUUUAUAAAAUCGCAAUGACUAACACCAAACUGGGCAUAACGAAAGACGUGAUGGCACACAAAUGCAUCCCUUAUCUGGUACCCUUAAGUGUGGAGAACGGCCUUACCAUAGCUCAAUUCAACACCAUUAUAGCCCUCAUCAAGGAGAUGAUGGGGCGGGUGGAACAGGAGCAGCGGGAAAAACUGCAGCAGCUGUCCACCAUACAAAGAGACAAUAAACCCAAAGACGCUUCCGAAAUAUUGGCCAAUGAGCUGGAGAACUCCACUCUCUCCCCCAACGGGUCCAGCAAUGGUAACAAGAUCAACGAUGACAUGUUCUCCGGAUUCACUGUUGGCCAACCGAAAGCCCCCACCACCGCUGCUAUAGCGCCGUCUAAAACUAGGGAACAGCUCAAAAUAUCGCACAAUACAAUAUCUGCUCCGCCUUCAGCCAGGCCAGACAUCCUCUCCUCGAUGAUGCAAAGCAACCUCACUGGUCUGGGUACAACUGCAGUGGCAGCUGCUCCGCCAUCUGCCGCCACACAAAUGCCGUCAAACAAUGGCUGGCACAGUGCAAAUCCCCUUGUAAUGAACCAUCAGUUGGCCUCUCCCCAAGCCAGCAACAACAAUUCCUUCUCGCUGGACGACCUGGAUCCCUUCGCUAGUGGAAGACCCUCGGUUGGAGCCCCCAAAGCCAACAACACGAACGGUGCCAACAUGUACACGGUGCAGCAGCCCACGGUUAACUACAUUUACCCUACUGGCUACAGUCUGAACAGCAUACAGCAGCAUCAGCAGCAGCAACUGCUGGGAAAACCCAGUCAAGCACUCACGCUCCAACCGCAGACACAGCCGCUGCUGCCAACGGAUAACCAGAACCUCAACGCACUUUCCCAGCAAGACAUACUUAACUUUUUGAACUAGACACAGCCGUAGUUAAUAACAAUUGAUAGAUAUCCAUAUUCCAUACAACCGAUAUACAAGGCAACUAUACUUAGCUGUUGGCGUCGAUUUGUGAGCCGCAAAAUUCUAAGAGUCAAAAGCAAUCCGUUGUAGAAGCAUAUUUGCAGGGAAAUAUCAUUCGCAGUGUUAGGUGGUAUCUUCUUGAUUACUUUUUUCUAUUUGAAUUUUUGUUGAUACAUUCGACGUCAAUACAUAUGUAUAUUUAUACAUAAAUCUUAUCUGUGCAAGUGUGUGAGUGUCAGUCUAAAUGUGUGCGUGUUUGUUAGAAAUGUUUUAAAUUAUAUUAUGUAGAUUUAAACGCAAGACUUUUGAGCUCUUGCUCGUUGCCACAUUCCGCAAUCGAUAUCAAAUGUGAAACGAAACGACCGCAUGUAGUUAAAUAUAAUAGUACAUUAGCUAGACAAAAAGCCAACUAACUAUGGUCUGUGCAAUUGCUCCGGACCUAUAUUUUACAAAGUUUAUUUAAUUAAAUUCCACACAUUAGUUCUUAAUGUAAUUCUAUGCAAUUUGAAUUACUAAGAGACGAAAUUGUACAGACAAAUAUAGUUUAUAUAUAUUUUAUUUUAAAACCACGUAUUUCUUAGUUUAUUCAACAUAUAGUUUUGUU